CGCUCCCUCCGCCCCGCUCGCACUGUUUGGGAGCAACCGGCCGAGCUCAGCGGCGCCCCGGCCCCGCCAGCGCAGCGAGGCCCCGUGGACCGGCCCUCGCCCAGCCCCGGCGCGCAGCCCCGGCCCUCUCCCCUCGUCAUGUCCCUCAAGCAAGCGGCGGCGGCGGCGCAGGCCGCCGGCAACAACCGCAAGCCCCCCGGCGGCGGCGGCGGCCCCGGCCUCCCGUCAGCCGCGGGCGGCGGGAGGCAGAACAUGGGCAGAGGUCGCAGCAGUGGCAAAGGACCGCCUCAGCCUACAAUUUCUUUCGAUGGCAUCUAUGCAAACAUGAGAAUGGUUCACAUACUUACGUCAGUUGUUGGAUCCAAAUGUGAAGUACAGGUGAAAAAUGGUGGUAUAUAUGAAGGAGUUUUUAAAACCUACAGUCCUAAGUGUGAUUUAGUGCUUGAUGCUGCUCAUCGGAAAACCGCAGAAUCCAGUUUGGGGCCAAAACGUGAAGACAUACUAGAGAGUAUCUUGUUCAAGUCUUCAGAUUUUGUUAUGGUGCAUUUUAAGGAUAUGGAUACCAAUUAUGCGAGAAGAGUUCCUUCAGAAACAGAUGCUUUUACCGAUUCAGCCAUCAGUGCUAAAGUAAAUGGUGAACACAAGGAAAAGGAUCUUGAACCGUGGGAUGGAGGAGAGACCACCGCUGCAGAGGAGCUGGAGGCAUUAGAGACAGAUGUUUCUAAUGGAUGGGAUCCCAAUGACAUGUUUCGUUACAAUGAAGAAAAUUAUGGUGUAGUAUCAACUUAUGACAGCAGUUUAUCUUCUUAUACGGUGCCAUUAGAAAGAGAUAAUUCAGAAGAGUUUUUAAAACGGGAAGCCAGAGCAACUCAAUUAGCAGAGGAAAUUGAAUCAAGUGCCCAAUACAAAGCUCGGGUUGCCUUGGAAAAUGAUGAAAGAACAGAAGAAGAAAAAUAUACUGCUGUUCAGAGAAAUGCUAAUGAACGAGAAGGACAUGGUGUUAACACUAGAGAAAAUAAAUACAUUCCACCUGGACAGAGGAACAGAGAUGUCCUGUCCUGGGGAAGUGGAAGACAAAACUCAACAAGGAUGGGCCAGUCUGGAUCAGGCCCACCGAUUUCAAGGUCUGGAUCCCAUACUUCAGAAUUCAGUUCCAACUCUGGAGCAGAUCAAAGAGUAGUUAACGGAGGUGUUCCCUGGCCAUCGCCUUGCCCAUCUCCUUCCUCUCGCCCACCUUCUCGCUACCAGUCAGGUCCCAACUCUCUUCCACCUCGGGCAGCCACCCCUACGCGGCCGCCCUCCAGGCCCCCCUCGCGGCCCUCCAGGCCCCCGUCUCACCCCUCUGCUCAUGGUUCUCCAGCUCCUGUCUCUACUAUGCCUAAACGCAUGUCUUCAGAAGGGCCUCCACGGAUGUCUCCUAAGGCACAACGGCACCCUCGAGGUCACAGAGUCUCUACUGUGCCGAGAUUGUCCCCCAAAACCCACCGGCCGAGGUCCCCGAGGCAGAGCAGCGCUCCCGCGGGCCCGGCGCUGCCGUCUCCUCAGCCCGGUGCCAUCCCCACGGAAUCCGUGGCCAUGCCUGUUCCAGCCGCCUCUCCCACCCCCGCCAGCCCUGCGUCCAACAGAGCCGUCACCCCUUCCAGUGAAGCUAAAGAUACUAGGCUUCAGGACCAGAGGCAAAACUCUGCAACUGGAAACAAGGAGAAUAUAAAACCAAGUGAGACUUCUCCUAGUUUUCCUAAACCUGAAAACAAAGGUGUAUCUCCAAUUGUUUCAGAGCAUAGAAAACAGAUUGAUGAUUUAAAGAAAUUUAAGAAUGACUUUAGGUUACAGUCAAGUUCUUCUUCAGAUGCAGUGGAUCAACUGCUAAACAAAACCCGAGAAGGCGAAAAAUCAAGAGAUGUAGUUAAAGAAAAGACAGAAUCAACCCCUAAAGAAUCUAUCAUAGAAACUGGCAGUAAUACUAACUCUAACGGUGGCAGUAGCAAACCUAAUAGUCCAAGUAUUUCUCCUUCAAUAAGUAAUAGUUCUGAGCAAAAACGAGGGCCUGAGGUAACUUCACAAGGUGUACAGACAUCUGGGCCUGGAAGUAAACAAGAUAAAGAGGAUAAAGAGGAGAAGAAGGAUACUUCUGAGCAAGUUAGAAAAUCAACACUUAAUCCUAAUGCAAAAGAGUUCAACCCUCGAUCUUUUGCUCAACCAAAACCUUCUACUACACCAACCUCCCCUCGUCCACAAGCUCAGCCCAGCCCCUCCAUGGUGGGUCAUCAGCAGCCAACCCCCGUGUACACUCAGCCUGUUUGUUUUGCACCAAAUAUGAUGUACCCAGUUCCAGUGAGUCCAGGCGUGCAGCCUCUAUAUCCUAUUCCCAUGACGCCUAUGCCAGUGAACCAAGCCAAGACAUAUAGAGCAGGUAAAGUACCAAAUAUGCCACAGCAACGGCAAGACCAACAUCACCAGAGCACCAUGAUGCACCCUGCCUCGGCAGCAGGCCCUCCAAUUGUAGCUACGCCACCUGCUUAUUCAACACAAUAUGUUGCGUAUAGUCCCCAACAGUUUCCUAAUCAGCCUCUUGUGCAGCAUGUGCCACACUACCAAUCUCAGCAUCCUCAUGUUUAUAGCCCUGUAAUACAGGGCAACGCUAGAAUGAUGGCACCACCAACACACGCACAGCCUGGUUUAGUAUCUUCUUCUGCAACACAGUAUGGUGCGCAUGAACAGACGCAUGCUAUGUAUGUUUCCACCGGCUCACUUGCUCAGCAGUAUGCCCACCCUAAUGCUACCCUGCAUCCGCAUCCUCCGCAUCCUCAGCCUUCUGCCACCCCGACUGGCCAGCAGCAAAGCCAACAUGCUGGAAGCCACCCUGCUCCCAGCCCCGUGCAGCAUCAUCAGCACCAGGCUGCUCAGGCACUCCACCUGGCAAACCCACAGCAGCAGUCGGCGAUUUACCACGCAGGUCUAGCUCCAACCCCACCUUCCAUGACGCCAGGCUCCAAUACGCAGUCUCCACAAAAUAGUUUUCCUACAGCACAACAAACAGUCUUCACCAUUCAUCCCUCCCAUGUUCAACCUGCAUAUACCAAUCCGCCACACAUGGCCCAUGUCCCCCAGGUAAACACAGUUUAACAACCUUCAAGACUAAAUGUCUUAAUGCCACAAAAGUUAGGACAGUCGGGCCUGCUGAAGUGAUUUCCAUUCUAUCACCUCUCAGCAAAGACUACCUGUUGUGUUAUUUAGGUUUCUGUCUGUACAUUGCCUUUAUUUAGAAUUUUACAAGAUAUUCGGAGCUCAGCUUCCAACACUCAGUGCAUCUACAGCUGUAGUUUAAUGAAGACAUCUUAAGGUGGCACUGCUACUGAAAGAAAUUGAGCUCUCUUCCCAGUUCCCGGCUCCCACCCUUGCCCUGCCCCACCAUUCUGCUCACAGAACUGUUUGACCAUGCAGCAAACCAGACUGGGGACAUGAUUCAGCUGAAAUGUGCCUCCCCAGCCCCCAGUUUAGGCUAAUUUUCAGUCAAAUCAGUUCACUGCAUGACCCCAGGAAGAGCUGGCAUACAGAAAGGUUGGAGGUGAGAGCUGUGCGGAGGAAGGCUGAAUUGCUGCCCUUGGUGGCAGUUUUAAGCUCUGCGUUGUAGUCAAAUUGAUACGAUUCCAUCCAAUAAAAGAUUUUACACAGCAUUACUAGGGAGUAGCAGUGCACUGCAGUGGGAGAUAGGUGAGAUUCAGUUCAGAUGACUGCAAGACAAUCCUUGCUGAAAGAAAAGCGUGUGCAUGUGUGUGUGUGUCUGUGUGUGGUUCUGAACAAACUGCUCAUGCAGGAGAUCCCUUGUCCUUGUUGGGCAACUUAAAAACCAGUCCUUGCUUCAGGAUCAGACACCCACUUCUCUUAACUGCUCUCUUGUGGUCAACUCACUGAAAAAAAAAAAAAGGAUUUUGGGAAGGGAAGCACAUGAUUGAUAACUCAAGACCUCUGUGUAAAGCAGGGUUACAAAGAUUUUCUGAUGUUUACUAAAUCUCCUGGAUUUAGUGUAUUUUGUUAAGGAAUGGACAAUUAAUCAGUAUUCUUUCCUGCACAGUUCUUCUGCAGGCUGAGUACUUGGUGUCUGUUUUAUACCUUCUCAUACAGGUUAACAGUAGUUUGGGAUCUCAUGACUAACUGUAAUUAGGGAUGUUAGUCUAAUAGCUGUCCAGUCCCUUGCAGAAUUCUGAUUGAAUCUGGUCCUUGGGACAGUCAGUUAAGCCAACAAAUUAAUAGUUAUUUAGGAAUCGUUUUACUGAUGUUGAGUUUUUAGCUUUUUUAAUCCGUUAGGCUUUUUAUUUCUGUGCUUUUGUUCUGUGGGAGGAUAAGGAGAGGAUGUCCUAACUCAACUACUGCUGUGGCAUCUUGCCCUGUCCUCCCAGGCUCUGGUUUUUGCCCAAAACAAGAUCACUUGCUCCGCUCUGGUGUGACAGCAGUGGUGUGGAUGCCUGGGUUGUAGAGCUUCUCCAGGUGCCUUCACGCAGCCCUUCAGAGGGUCUCGAAGCUCCUGGGUUAGCAGCACAUUGAAACGUGAAACACAUUUGUUUCAAGGUCAGCUUAAAGAUAAAACGCCCUGAAUUGUGCUGUAUACAUCAUGGCCAGGCCCACGCCUGCGCUAUAGGAUGUGACCGUUGCCUUCCUUUCUGUGUGCCAAGCGCUUAAUAAGCAAAACCUCUUUAAAGUAAAUCAGAUGGAACUUUCAGUCAGAAGUGACUGCUCGGUCAGGGUUUUUUAGCAAUGGCAGGCAGAGUUUGCCUUACCCAGGACUCCUGGCUUGCGCAGUCUCUUCUGCUGUCCUUUUUUAGUAUGAAAACUGAAGUCUAUCAUCCAUGAUACUUACACCAAACUAACUGACUUUUCAACAUUAAGUAGUCCCUCAGAAAUCUCUAAUGAAGGAAUAACUACAGUUCUGUAAGAAAUUUUAAAUGGAUGUUAACUAAUCACCAGACUUAAUAGUUUCUUAGCAGCCUCAUUUCCAACUUCCGAACACAAUUUUGAAAUACCAUGUAGUAGGAAUUUCAGUUAGGCUGACACCAGGGGAUCAGUUGAAUUUCCCUUCAGGUUAUCAGAUGAAUCUUGAGUGGUUAGAUAUCUCACUUGAGAAACAGUACUUGAAAAUUCAUUACAGAGUACUGUCAGCUGCCAAUUUGCAAAGCGUUUUGAGCCCCAGCAGAAAAUUUUUGUCCCGUGUGUGUUGAAUACAGCUGCUGUAUGAAUAGCUGCUUUAUGAUGAUGGCUGCUAUAAUAGCAUGUUUGUCAAAGUAAAAAUGGUGCUGAUCCUGAAAGGUAUUUCUGUUCCGCAGCCUUAUCUUCUAAGCCUUUUUUAGAGCAAGAGUGAGAUCUGAAUUGCAGUUCCUGCCUUUAAAGGCUUCUUGAGUGCUACUAAUACAGUGCAAGUCUGAUAAAGAGUCUGAGGAAUGUCUGUGAUGAGUCAAGUAACCCUUUUGUCUUUAAGAAAUAAAAUUGUAGCCACUA